ACCUUCUUCCUAAAACCCCUAACCCUUAACCAUUUUCCCCUAAAAAUACAAAAUUAAUUGUUCCUUCAAAUCACCAAAAAUGGAGUUUUUCUUCAAUUCAAUUCUUCAAAUUCUCAGAAAUUAGCGUCUUUUUGGUUCAGUUUUUAGGUUUUUUUUUCUUCAUCAGCAUCGCCUAUGGCUUCUGAAGAAAUGGGACUUGUUUCAGCUCGAAGGGUGGAGAAUGGGCUUAAUUCACAGCUAGUUUUCCAUGAAAGCAAUUUCAGCUGCGGCGCACCACCACCAGCACAACCUCCGGGUGGGGUUGGGUCUGUUACAGGUGAUCCAGGUCCAAAAACUACAAGGGAGCUUACCGGAUUCAAUCAUCAACAUCAGUACUUUCUUAAUCAACAUCAACCACAAGCUGCUGAUUUUCGCCGUCAAAUGUUCGGUGACGACCGUGGUGAUGGUGAUUGGAAUAGGAAGAGCCAUGGAGAUGGCGAUGGUGAUGGAUCGGAGGAUGAGGAUAUGGAUGACGAUGAGGAUGAUGAUGAUGAUGAGAAUGAAGUGGAGGGGAUUGUUACAGUUGAAAAUAGUGAUCAUCAGAAUAAUAAUAGUGAUAAAGUUAAUAGUAAUAGUAGUGGUAAAGUAGUUGGCAGUGAUAAAACGAAAAGUGUUUCUACAUUUGGUGUGAAGGAAGGGAAUGUUGGGCCGUCGGGAAAUGAAGGUGGUGUCGACGUGAGAAAUGCUGUGAUAAUUGCUAGUGUUGAUGGGGAUAUGUAUUAUAAUCAGUAUUUGCAGGGACCGGAAGGGUCCAAUGCAGCGCAGAAGGAAAUGGGGUUUGAGAAUGGGUGUGGAUUUAGUGGGAGAAAGGAAGCUCAUUAUUCAAAUGAAUCAGGAGAGUCAUUGAGAACUAUUCUUUCCGAUCCUAUUACGGGAGAGCUUAUGGAUGAUGCGAUGAUAUUGCCUUGUGGGCAUUCCUUUGGUAGCGGCGGGGUUCAGCAUGUAAUUAGAAUGAAAGUUUGCUAUAUCUGUUCACAAGCGGUGUCCGAAGACUCACUGUCACCUAAUUUAUCUCUUCGAUCUGCAAUUCAAGCAUUCCGCCGAGAAGAGGAGUCACAGCUUAAUCGCUCUUUAAAAAGAAGAAAGGAGAGAUAUGAUCAGGAUAGAGGGGCCUUUGGUGAUUCAGCACUUCCGGAUCAUCUAAGAGGAAGAGGAGUUCAGUUUCCAUUCGCUGUGACAGACAGGGUUAUAAUAAAGGGCAACAAAAGGACACCUGAGCGUUUUGUGGGUCGUGAGGCUGUUGUUACAACUCAGUGCUUGAAUGGAUGGCUUUGGUUCACUGCAGCGCAUGAUGUAUGGGUUAUGCACAAUUCACAACUUUGAACUUUUCCAUGGACAGAAGCCUAGUACUUACUUAAGUGGAGGAGGGCAAAGAAAUGGGCCGUUUAUCCAUUGUGUUUCGAACCGUGUACACCUGGACAUCAGGAAUGUCUCGACUAUAAAAGAAAUCUAAACUUAUCUAGUAGAGACAUCCAUUUGGGAAGUUGGAGAGUCUAUCUGUGUCAAGCACUCCCUCAGUCAAAAAAUAACUUUAAUCCAUCUCAAAAUACAAAACUUUGCUCCUUUCAUCACUUCACGUUAAUUAUAAACUAUUACUUUUCCACCUUUUCACAUUUUACACCAUUAUUCUCAACUCCUCUGCCAGAUUACAUGUAACUAUGUACUCAAGCAUUUUACAGUUCAAUCUCUUGUAGAUAAAUCAUUUUGGGAUGGAGGGAGUAUGAAUUAACAUUUAUGCGAAGCACUGGUCACCACAUGAAGUUUAACUAGUAUGUUCUUGGGAGUGAAUGGAGAAUUUCAUGGGAGGGGAAGUAACAGAGGCAGGAAGAGGUAAUUUCCUCUUGUUUGGAUAGUUGAGGGAGAAGGGAGGGAAUACUUUAUCAUCUAAAGUGGGCAGGAAACAGAGAGUAA